AUGGUCGGGGAAUGUAGGCUAUAUGGAUUUGUAUAAAUGCAUUGCAACUUAAAAAAUGGGAUGUGUAGGAGAUUAGAAUUUUAUAAAAAAUAAUUAGCUGAAAAAAGUAUUAAAUAAGCUUUUCAUAAAAAUGAAUGGGACACCCUCUCUGUUUUCAUAAAGGAAUAAUUUUGACAGUAAAAUCAGAUGGAAAAGAUGGCGUUGUCACGUGAUACGUGUUACAUUCUCACCACUGAGGAAGUCUCCAACCAAUCAAAUUCAUUUAUCACGAUUAGAGAAACUUGUCGGUGAGUUUGAAGUGUUUUCGAUGGCGGAUUUCAUUUUUAUAUUACAUUUAAAACUUAUAAUUAAUUAUUUCAAAAGUAACGUUAGUUUAGUGCACCUGAAGACAAAUGUAAUGGGGUCUGUGUGCGGUUUGUUUGACGAGUUGUCUUUUGUGAUCCGCCGCGCGCCUCCUGGAGGAAGUUUGUGUCACUAAGUUAUGGUUUGAUGCUCAUGUUGUCGUCUCAGUAGAGAGCACUCAAAGUUGAGAGACAACCUGCGAAUGAGUGGACAGUGAUCUGAGUGACAUCGCUGUGUUGCUUCAUCGAUGGAAAGCUCAAAGAAGCGUAACAUAAACGCGGCUACGGGCUCGAGACGCCGGAGGAGCUUGAAAACUUUCACACUUUGAUUGAAGCGUUUCAUUCGAGACCCUUUGUGCCGCAGAGAUUGAGAUCGAAAGAGAACUCUGGGGGAUUUCUCAGAAGAGAAAUGCUUUCUGUCCAUGAGCGUGAGGAUGACAUGAUGCUGGCUGACUGACACAGUAUGCUGAUGUUUUCAGUACAGACGCGCUGAUGGAGUCAUUGGAAAGACGGCUACAAAGGCCUGUUUUGGCCAAAUCUAGAACAUUACCCAGCAUUCCUCAGUCCCCUGCCGCGAUCCGUGGGCAUCACUCAGCGAAUGUUUGUGUACAGCAACAGCGCGCGCGUCUUCCGUCCAGCCCCGGUCCAGUUGAAGCCUGCACGCUGCCCUCCGCAGGUGAGUUGUGGCGUCUGGAGGAUGAAACCGAGGGGGGCGUCACCACAGGAGCCAUCGAUCUCCGUCCACGCUCUCAGUCGCCGUUCUCACAUUUCCGUCGCCGGGCAGCAUAUCUAAGAAAGAGCAUGUCGGCGGAUGAUAACCUGGACGAUUCUGUAUUUGAGCCCACCCAGACUGAGGGGCGGAGCCUAACGGACCCAAAAGUUAAACUGAAGAGGAAGUUUAGUCUGGGCUCUAUAGACAGGAAACGGUCCCGUCAGAGAAGUGAGUCUGGGAUUGUGAAGUUAACCCAGCGGCUCUCUUUGAAGGACAAACACUGUAAGGACAUAAAUCUCCAGUCCAGAACUCCGGCCUACAGGAGGCGCUCUCUCAGCGUGGACUGGGCCGAAUCCAAAAUGACUCAACAGUUUCCAGACCCACUUCCUUUGAUUACACGCAAGUAUUCUAGCGGGUCAUGCUCGUCUCCUCCGAGCGCGGCGCGACGGUUGUACAGAAACCUGUCUGGAAAGUUCCGUAUGGCAAACCUGCCGACGGAAGAUCCCGUGCUCCCGGCCCUCGACAAAGAGCAUCCACACAAAACCACUAUGUUUCAGGGUAAUGAAGCACUAUUUGAAGCUGUGGAACAUCAGGAGUUGGGUGUGGUUGAAUCUCUGUUAAAUACCUUCAGCCUGGAAGAGCUCGACCUCAACACACCCAACAGUGAAGGUCUACUGCCUCUCGACAUCGCCAUCAUGACUAACAACGUCCCCAUGGCCAAACUUCUGCUGCGGGCCGGGGCCAAAGAGAGCCCCCACUUUUUAAGUCUCGAAGGCAGAGCUUCUCAUCUGGCCUCGUUGGUGCAAGAAGCGGAGCAUCGCAAAGCCGAGCUGGCCGCCCAGGUAACAGGGGAGGAGCCUGAGGAGAGGGAGGAGUCAAACAGAGAGAGACAACUCAAGACGUGGGAAUGGAAGCUCCGCCUCUACAAGCGCAUGCAGACGGGUUACACGCAUGCCAGUCCUCCUGAGCCUCCGAGCGCUGUCCAUCUGUCCGUCAGCAGCAGCACUAGUCUCAGAGUUCAUUUUCAAGAGCCACUUUGUCACAAUUCUGCUGUUAUAACCAAAUACCGGGUGGGGUGGUGCAGCGUUCCCUCUUUUAGCCCACUGCUGGGUGAGAUGGUCAUUGAAGAUGUGACUCAACUUCAGUAUGACAUCACCGGACUCGCAACGGGCACCUGUUAUUAUGUUCAGGUGUCAGCGUACAACAUGAAGGGAUGGAGUUUACCUCAAAUAUCUGAACCUGCUUGUGCAACUCCUUCAAGUUGGAGAGAGGUGGACGGGCUCUUGCACCGUCAGCAGGGUCUGAAAGAGACGCUGGAGCAGCUCCUGGGCCAAAUUAAAGGGGCGCAUCGGCACUCAGCAUGCCACGAGCCGAGCAAAACCGUGUCAAACAUCAGGAAACAUUCAGUGUCUAAAAGCCUGAGGCAUCUUUUCCAGCCCACCAGCAAAUUUGUCAAAAAUCUGAAAAGGGGUCUCUAUCUGGCCUGCAUUUUCUACAAAGAUGAUAAUGUUCUGGUGACUCCUGAGGACCAGCUGCCUGUGGUGGAGGUGGAAGAUUCUUACAGCUGCCAUGCACAGGAUUUCCUUUGGUUUACAAAGGUGUCUCACCUGUGGGAGGAGCUCACCUGGAUUCAACAGUGCAUCAGUCCUGCACACGCCUCCAGCUCCUGCACGCUUCAGACUCGACUCAAAAUGCUUCAGGCUGCCGCACAGCUCCAGGCGCUCCUCGGGACGGUAGAUCUGGGGCAGGUCUAUUUCGAGCCCAUCAAAGACAAUCACGGUAACGCAGUGCUGGUGCUGAUGAGAGACGUUGGCGCGUGUUUACCGCUGGAAGGCGUGCGAUGGAUUCCCGUCAGUAAAUUCCAGCUGCAGCGCAGAUCUUCCUCUUCGGAUGAGGCCACAGCGCUCGAGACGCUGCUGACCACACUGCACGAGAAACUGUCGUAUCACAGACGCAGCAGGAAGUGUCUGAGUCCAGGUCUGUAUCUGGGUUAUCUGAAGCUCUACACGUCAGUGGAUCAGAUCCGAGUGCUCGUGUCACACAAACACCCAAAUGUCCUCUGCCACGGCAAAAUACGAGACAACGGUCACGUCUCCAGGGAGGAGUGGGAGUGGCUUCAGUCGCUGAAUUCACUGGAGGGGAGCGUGCAGGUGUGCGACGACGUCCAGAGCGCUCCUCAUCGCCUCCUGCUGGAGCUCAGAACUGCUGCCAAAGAUCUGCUCAGCUCCAUUAAUAUUCACAACAACCAGGCACAAGAUUUCCGGGUGUAUGUGAAGGAGGUGGUGGAAUUAGGGGAGGGCGUGUCCUUCCUUUUGCUCCUCCCACCGUGUGAGGAGGUGUGCUCUCCUCCGGGACAGAACCAUUUGUGCUCACUGCGGUCCAGCUUCUUUACUCUACCACUGCAGAUCUUUGAGCUGGUUCACUUCGAAGUAUACUCUCCCAGUUUCAUUGCUCUGUAUUGUCGCGUUUCUGCUUUGCUGGGUCUGGAGUCCCUGAUGUCCCAGCAGUCUUUGCGGGAGGCUUUCUCAGAGACGGAGCUGCUCGCUGCCAAACAGAAACAUCAGCAGGUUGAGGACUAUGUGCAGCAUCUGGAGGAUUUGUGGCGUGACGCCCGCUGGAUGGCCGUCCUACAGUCUGCACGAUACAAGCAUCAGAACUCGGGUGCGAGUCUCGGCUGGAUUAUAGACUUCUCCAAAGAGUCAAUUCCAGAAAAAACACCUUCCACCUCCUCUCAGCCGUCAUACCUGCCGUCACCUGCCCCUUCACCUGAUACCACACGCAAACACAACGAUUCUCAGGGUCUGUCUGAUGAAGAUACAUCCGAGGUGUUCCUCGCUGCUGACAGCAACUUUAACUCCAGCGUUCCCACAAGCACCAGAGAACUGGAUCUGCUCCCUCCCUCCCCGACCAGCUUCCGCUCCGUGUCGUCCGCGCACCCUCCCUCAUCGCCGCGCUCCUCUCUGAGUCAGCCGGACGUGCUCCGGACUGGCGUGAGCAAACGGGAACAUCUGCCCAUGAACUCGUUCGACAGCGACUUCAUCCUUCCCAGCCGUCAGAUCGAGCUGCUUAGGGUCACAGAGAAGAGAACGGCGCUGUGCGUUCGCACCAGCAGCUUGGAAUAUCCGCCUUCUGUCUCCACGGCAACCUCGCCUCCCAGUUCCACAUCACAGAAACGCUGGACACGCCCUUCCUCCUUUGAUCUGUGCUUCUCCCAUGAGCCCUGCCCCGUACCCGUGCGCACCCUGUCAGAGGACAGUGGAGUACAGCGACUCUCUGCUCACUCGGCCGGGUCUCCACUCAGGCUGUGUCACACCACUCUGAGAGUUUACCCACAAUACCGCACAGGCUUACCUAAAGACACCAGCGUGAAAUUGCGUGUGACUACAGAGACAUCGGCUAAAGAGAUGGUUCGAUUAGUGGUGCAGGAGAUCAACACCGUCUGCCGUCACCUGCAGAACGCCACCCAUCAGUGCACCUGCGUGGGCGAGCCGUGCGGCUUUCCGGCCUGCGUGUCCGAGGUGUGUGUGUACGGAGCAGAACAGCUGGAACACUUUGGUCUGGUUCUGCUGGUGGAGGGGAGGGAUAAAUGGCUGCAGGAUGAUUUUUGUCCUCUGUCGCUGCAGAACCCGUGGACGCGCGGGAAACUGUGCGUGCGUUUCAAAGAGUACUCGCCUUUGGCGCUGCAGUUCAGCAGAGCUACACCCGUGUGAGGCAAAAAACUCUCAUUUCACAUGUGCAUAGACUACUGUUAUUCAUUUCAAUCACUUCUUGAAAUGUGAUGGGAUUACUGGAACGGAUGUACUGGAUUUAUCUUCCAGCUGCACUGCAAUGGCUCUUAUUCUUCAACUUAGGGACAUAAGGCGCUCUGCUAUGACAGUGGCAUGCUAACACAGUGAGAGAUUCCCUUGUAAGUCCACAUGAAAUCAAAACACCCUGUUUACUUAAUGCAUGUUCUCUUACUGUACACAAGUCCUCCAUGCACGUUUAGAGCUUUUCUGCUGAUGUCAUCAAGCCCCACCCCUUCAAAAACGUAACUCUGAAAUACAUGAAGUAAACGGGUUUGGAACACAGUUUCAUGUUGACUUACAGAACCGACGUCAAGUGACCGUACAUUCCCGGUCUGAAAUGCUCACAUUCUUAGUAAUGUGAAUUAAAGUUAUUCAAUGUAAUUGUGAGGUUAUUUGUGUACAUUUAGCAGUGACUAUAACUCUUACUUUAGUAUUCCGAAGUGAAAUGUUUACAGACUGCUUUUGGUGGUUUGAUAUCACCAAACAAAUGUCUUGAUUUGUGGUCGACACUGUCAUCUACAUUCUCCUCCCUCAGGAUUGUUGCACCCGUCUGCCGGUCACGCCGGCCGAGAGAGACGCAAGCUUGUACAAAAUCUCAAAUUGUAUCGGGAUGCUCUCUCACAGUGAUGUGAGACUGUUCUUGUGUUGAUGUUGUAAGCGAUCACAUCCUACACGAUAUACAGCUAUACACCUGCUGGCAUACUUAUGCGCCACGAGCAAAAUACACAGAAUUACAAACCUGUCCUACAUUUCUAACGCAACUCUUGCACUUGAGAAAGUUUCUACACUGGAGAUCCGUGACAGACAGAAGCUUAAUCCAAAUGUGAAGUGUUUUGGAAGAUGCUGAUGCGAGAUGCUCUGUUGGGGUGGACCACCGCUGCAUCUCCUCACACGCUGCCUCUUUCUAUUGCCUCGUGUUUCUGCGGGUUUGUUGAAGACAUUUUCAUCUGGUGACCGUGCUGUGGAGUUUAUUAUUGAUAUCGUGUUUUACUGUCUGUACUUCUUGACUGAGCAACACGUCUUCAAAACUGUUUGCUGCAAUAAUAUUUGACACUGUAGCUCGGGUACAGAUUUUUCUUCCAAACACACCUGGAAUAAAGACAUUGACAUGGAUUCAUCGACAUGUACUAACACACACUGAUACAUAACCAGUGUAUGUCGAUGUUGUGUACUUACAGAAGAUGUUUGAAUGUGUGUGCAUGUUUUACACAUGAGCUCAUAGUUGUAUGGUUGUCUAUUUUGAUGAAACCAUAGUUUUGAGUGUGUGUGCACGCGUUUGUUUGUGUGUGAGUGUGUGCGUUUGUGCACAAGUGUAUGUGCAUGUAUGUGUUUGUGUUUGCAUGUGCGUGCGAGUUGUUUACUACGUGCAUCAUUGUGAGCAUCUUAUUAACCGCUGCAGUCUGAGAUUCUUCUUUCUGCAGUGAAAUGUAUCUUAUUGAUCCUGAAAUGUUUUCUUGGUGCGAGUCGAGCAAAUGCUGGAACUGAUGACAAAACUGCAGGUAUUCAACAGUAUCAACAAUAUGGAACCAAACUUUAAUAUAACUACAAAAAAGCAUGACUAAUAGAAUGACAAUCCGGUUUCCAAAAAAGAAUGUAUAUACAUACAUUGCAUCUUAAUAUAUAUAUUCUAUGUACAGCACUGCACAUAUCAGCAAAUAACUCCAGAGACGCAUUUCAGAGUACUUUACAAACACCCGAAACACUUUUGAAUAUGAAAUGAAAUGCUUCUGUGAUGAAGUAUAGUUUUCUAUUGAAAACUAAAUUAAGCCACUUGUACGCACAUGUGAAUGGAUUAGAUAGCAAAUGAUCAUAUCACAGCCUCUGAAUGAACUUUUGACUUCAUCUUGACUGUAUGACAUCAGUUUCCUGUCAGGUCCUCACAUGUCACAUUAACUAUGAACAUGUUCUACUAACAUUUGACAAACACUGUGUGUUGUAAUUUUGUCCUCAUUUUGAACAGUAUAAAUAUUGUGGGUUCACACGUUAAUCCAUGUUUUGUUUGCGAAAUUUGCUUGAAAAGUGUGCUUGUGCUAUCUUUUUAAAUAAACGCCACUUGUUUUUGUU